UCAUAUUCUGGAUGGCAGUGACGAAGACUAUUUUUAAGACAACUUUGAUAGUUUUUUUUUUUGUAAUCUGACUUCUCUAGAGAGCGUAAAAGUGUUUGAUUAACCAUUCAAUCUUUCUUUGGUGGUGUGUGACGUUGGAAUAUCGGCACCAGCGCUCAUGACGGCUAAUAGUAUUUCGCAAUUGUCAUAUACUGUGCUUACUGUCAGUCUCAUUUUGUGAGAAAGGAAACUAACAGACUUGAAAAAGAACGAGAAUUAAGUACAUUUUAGCUAAACCACGAGCGCAGAUUACCCAUAGCAUAAGAAGCAUGAAGGUGGUAGGAGUUAUUGGAGCUGGGGCAGCUGGUCUCUGUGCUGCUCGACACAUCUUGUCCUCAGAGGAGCUGACCCCAAUAGUAUGGGAACAGUCGUCGCAGAUAGGUGGUACGUGGAGGCUCUCCAAAGAUGUUGGGGCAGAUAGCAGAGGUUUUCCAGUACACUCAAGCAUGUAUGAGAGCCUGAGGACAGAUUUACCAAAAGUGAUCAUGAAAUUCCCAGAUUUUGACUUUCCAAGUAAGGUAGAAUCUUUUGUUCAUCACACAUCUGUUCUCAAAUACCUGGAAGAUUAUGCUGAUCACUUCAAUCUUCAUCCAUAUAUUAAACUCGGCCACCAUGUGGAGAAUGUAGUUGUAUUGGAGAGUGACGAAGGACCUCCAUCCUGGGCUGUAACAGUAAAAGAUCUGUCAACUGAUGUAGUCAGUACUGUCACCUGUGAUGCCUUGCUUAUUUGCAAUGGACACUUCUCCACGCCUCAAAAGCCACUUAUUGAAGGGAUUGAGGAUUUCAAGGGUCGACAAAUUCAUAGUCAUGACUAUCGUGAACCAUCACCAUACACAGAUUCCAGAGUUAUAAUCCUUGGUGCUGGGGCCUCUGGGCUGGAUAUUUUAAUGGAGGUAUCCACUGUUGCCAAGGAGGUACUUCUUUCUCACAACCUCCCAGUUCCCUUCCCUUCUGAGUUGCCUCCAAAUGUCAAACAAGGUCCAGGCAUAUUGAAAGCUGCAGAAAAUGGCUUUUAUCUUAAAGACGGUACCUUCCAAGAAACAGAUUGCAUAAUAUACUGCACUGGCUAUAAAUAUACCUUCCCAUUUCUUGAAGAUAAAUGUGGCAUCACUGUUGAGAAUAACCAUGUAAAGCCACUGUACAAGCAAAUUAUCAAUGCUUCCUUUCCCACCAUGGGGUUAAUAGGAAUCCCAUCACGUAUCAUUGUGUUCCCACUUAUAAACUACCAGGUACAAUACUUUCUUGCAACCUUAAAAGGGAAGACUCCUUUACCAAGGACAGCUGAAAUGAAAUCAGAGAUUGAAGCCUAUGCUGAAGAGAGGAAGAUGCAAGGAUGGAAAGAAAACCAGUACCACAUCCUGCAAAAUGAUCAAUUCCAAUACAUGGAAGACCUGGCAACUCUGGCAGGUGUAGAAUUGCCUUCUCCACACCUAAAAAAGGUCUGGGGUGUGGUCAUUCCUCGUCUGUUUUUCUCCUUUCCAAUCUUCAAGACCUAUGAGUAUUCCCUUAGAGAAGAUGGGGCGUUAAUUGAGAAGUGGGAGGGCAAGGUAGUCAGCACAUCAUGGGACCUUACAAUAGUGACGGCUAAACAGACAUUCCGGCUCCUGUGGCGCAAUUUUCCUAAGAUUGCAUAUAUUCUGGGCUCUGCAGUUCUUAAGAAAUUAAAAGGUUUUGUUGGAUUGUGAUGUUCCCAGCAUAUUGUCAGAGAAAUGGUUAAAUUUUAUAAGUUUAUGUGGGGUAUGUUCAUAUGUAAUUACUAAUGUAGCCUACUUUAGCAGAAUACAUACUGACCAGAAAUAUUUAGAGUGCUGAUAAUGAAGCAGAAAUAUUUUAUGAUUAAUGUAUAGUGUAUUUUUGAUAAUUUCUUGUUAUGGCAAGAUGGAGACUUUUGCUAGCAUUUUAUAUGUGCUGAAUCAGUAGUAAAGCAUUUAAUUAUUGCCAUAAUGAAUGACAAAUUGGAAAAUUAUAUUUUUUCUUUACUCUUAAUCUUUUGUAAUUGUUAAAUGAUUUUAUGUUUUAUAGUUGCCCACCAUGGCCAGGGAAAUGUUGUGUUCACUGUAGUACUGUUUUGUGAAAUGUCUCUGCACAUGAGAGCUCUGCAUGUGCUUAGCCACAAAGGAGUCAAUUAGUAGACCUUAUGACCUUACCUGUUUUCAUCUUUCCUUAACUUUGUGGGAAAAACAUUUUCUUUUCUUUUUUUAAAAUAAUGCUAUGAGUAUCAAUGUUAUUAUUUUUAUUAUAGACAUAAUGAUUAUAGUGUUACAGACAUUACUAACAGCAGUAUAAGAUAUCAGAAAUUAGCUUUAAAAAUCAAGGAAACGGUUAAGCAGGUGGGACAGGUAGUACUUAUAAUUGGCUCACUGGUGACUUAGCACUUGUGGAGGCAGCUAUGUGUAAUGUUUCAGUAUUCUGGCACUUUUGCUCUAUGAAUAAUUUAAGAUAAUUUUAGUUCAAAGAAGCAGGACAGUGACAGAUGAAUAUUUAUCUGUAAUAUUUGGUUUUGUUUGACGUGUAAGAAACAUUAAUGUACUAAAUGCAUGGAAAUACCCAAAAAAAGACAUAAGAUGU